CACCCAUGCGGCCGGCUCCGCUUCGCAUCUGGGGACGCUCGCAGCUCUCGGCGCCCGGCCCAGCUUCUUUCGAGAUGUCUACUGUUCACGAAAUUCUGUGUAAGCUCAGCUUGGAGGGUGAUCACUCCACGCCCCCCAGCGCAUAUGGGUCAGUCAAAGCGUACACCAACUUUGAUGCCGAGCGGGACGCUUUGAACAUUGAUACGGCCAUCAAGACCAAAGGUGUGGAUGAGGUCACCAUCGUCAACAUUUUGACCAACCGCAGCAAUGCACAGAGACAGGACAUCGCCUUCGCCUACCAGAGGAGGACUAAAAAGGAACUUGCAUCAGCACUGAAGUCAGCCUUAUCUGGCCACCUGGAGACGGUGAUUUUGGGCCUAUUGAAAACACCUGCUCAGUACGAUGCUAGCGAGCUGAAAGCGUCCAUGAAGGGGCUCGGAACCGAUGAGGACUCCCUCAUCGAGAUCAUCUGCUCAAGGACCAACCAGGAGCUGCAGGAGAUUAAGACAGUCUACAAGGAAAUGUACAAGACUGACUUGGAGAAGGACAUUGUAUCAGACACGUCCGGUGACUUCCGCAAGCUGAUGGUUGUCCUCGCGAAGGGUAAAAGAGCAGAGGAUGGCUCUGUCAUUGAUUAUGAACUAAUUGACCAGGAUGCCCAGGAUCUCUAUGAUGCUGGAGUGAAGAAGAGGGGCACCGACGUUCCCAAGUGGAUCAGCAUCAUGACCGAGCGGAGCGUGUGCCACCUCCAGAAAGUAUUUGAAAGGUACAAGAACUACAGCCCCUAUGACAUGUUGGAGAGCAUCAAGAAGGAAGUCAGAGGAGACCUGGAAAAUGCUUUCCUGAACCUGGUCCAGUGUAUCCAGAACAAGCCCCUGUAUUUUGCGGAUCGACUCUACGACUCCAUGAAGGGCAAGGGAACUCGUGAUAAGGUCCUCAUUAGGAUCAUGGUCUCCCGCAGUGAAGUGGACAUGUUGAAAAUUAGGUCUGAAUUCAAGAAAAAGUACGGCAAGUCCCUGUACUCCUGCAUCCAGCAAGACACCAAGGGUGACUACCAGAAAGCGCUGCUGUACCUGUGUGGCGGGGACGACUGAAGCCGAGACGGCCCGAGUGCCCAGCAGUGACGCUCCCUGUGCUUCCAGCUAACAGUUCUAGACAGUCAGCGCGUGACUAACGGCCCCGCCCCUGCCCCCCCAUCUUAGUGGCCCCCGUGUUGCAUAGCUUUCCUGGCUAGCCUCUCCUUUUAGCCAAAGACGUGAACAUUCCAGGGAGAUGGGAGUGAACUCCACGAUGUGCCUUUCUGUACUGUGUCAUCGAUAAAUAAACGGAACUUUUAUGUUAGAAGCAA